AUGAUGGUUGAUGAGGACUUUAACGAUGUGAGUGGUUCUUCUGGACCGAAAUCUUCCUUUGAAAAUGUAUCAACUAACUUGGAACAUACUCACCCAAAUACAGCAACACUCAAAAGAAGUAAACCCACAAAAGGUUCAUAUGAGGAUGGGUCUGAUAAUGUGCCUCCUGAGAUGAAAAUUUAUCGUUAUAUGGAUCAUAGUCAAAUCCAAGAAAUCUUGAGAAAUGGCGAGAUAGAACCACAGGAAACCGUUGAUAAUUAUCGGCUUCUUGAUUUGCCUCCACCAUCACCACUCUUUCCUAAUGAUGAAAGAUCAUUCAUACUCAACAAAAUGAUUGUGCAAGCUGAUGAAAACCCUCCAGAAGUACAGUAUAUAGAAAAUAAAGACAGACAUAACGAAAUACAUGUCGUGAUAAAUGAAGAUGACUACCUCGAAAUGGUGUUGGACUUUCAUGUUCAAAGGGAAUGUGUGGAUAGCUUGAAACAUGAGCUCAAAAUGAGAAGGAAUGGACUCUCUGUGCACAAAGAAGUUGUGGAAUUAGGAUGUUUUAUUCCAAGAACUUCUAGAUACCUCUUCCCAGGCUAUCACUCCAAGUGCCCGUACAUUGGACGAGGAAACUUAGGAGAUUUUGAUAUUGUAUCUAAAAUCACAAACUCUAAAGGAGAAGUUAUCGUGAGAUGGUGCUGGAACAUGACAAUAUUGAAAGGUGUGGGGUUGCAUCCCUCACCUCCUCCCAGGUUUUAUUUGAAUGCACGUUUAAAAGAGUUAAUUUUGAAAGUGUACGAAGGAGACGAAGAUUUUGAUGAGGAUUAUAGAAAUAACUUAGGUUAUCCGUAUUUUUUGAAACACCAUGAUAAGGCUGUCCAAUUUGAUCAAAUAAGUCUAGGGGACGAAGCAGACGUAGAAGACGAUUAUGAAGAGAUAGUAGGAAAGAGAAGAAUGAGAAAAGAAAUAAUUAAAGAAGCUCUUAUUAAAAAGAAAAUGGAGGAGUUAGAAAUAGUCAAAGAGGCUUCUGUUGAAAAAGAAGAAAAAAGUGAAGAAAUGGUUAAAGAAGCUUAUUCUGAAGAAGAAAAAACUGAUAUAGGCACAGUUAAAGAAAGUUCUGUCGAACAAGAGAGUGAGAAUGAUGAAGUGAUGGAGGAAGUUUUUGUUGAAAAUGACAGAAAGGAUGAAGAAGUGACUAAAGAAAUUUUGGUUGAACCAGUAAAAGAUAAUGAUGAAGUGAUGGAGGAAAUUUUUGCUCAACAAGAAACAAAUGAUGAAGAAGUGACUAAAGAACUUUUUGUGGAACCAGAACGAGGUAAUGAUGAAGUGAUGGAGGACUUUUUUGUUCAACAAGAAAGAUAUGAUGAAGACGUAACGAAAGAAACUUUUGUUGAACAAGAAAGAUAUGAUGAAGACGUAACGAAAGAGACUUUUGUUGAACAAGAAAGAAAUGAUGAAGAAGUGACGAACGGAAUUUUUGUUGAAGAAAGAAAUGAUGAAGAAGUGACGAACGGAAUUUUUGUUGAAGAAAGAAAUGAUGGAGAAGUGACGAACGGAAUUUUUGUUGAACAAGAAAGAUAUGAUGACGAAAUUUCGAACGAAGUUUUUGUUGAACAAAAGUUAGAUGAUGAAGAAAUGCUGAAAGAAGUUUUUGUUGAACCAGAAAGAAAUGAUGAAGAAGUGAUGGAGGACUUUUUUGUUCAACAAGAAAGAGAAGAUGAAGAAGUGAUGAAGGAAUUUUUUGUUGAACCAGAAAGAGAUAAUGAUGAUAUGAUGGAGGACUUUUUUGUUCAACAAGAAAGAUAUGAUGAACAAGUAAAUAUAGCUGCUUUUGUUGAACCAGAAAAUAAUUAUGUAGGAGUGAUGGGAGAAUUUUUCGGUGAGCCAGAUAGAAAUAAUGAAGAAGUGAUGGGAGAAUUCUUUGUUCAACAAGAUAGAUAUGAUCACGAAGUACAUAUAGAACCUUUUGUUGAACAAGGAAUAAAUUUUGGAGCAAUAAUAAAUGGAGAUUUAAAUAAUCAUCUAGAAGAUGAAGAAGAAGAAGAAAAUUUAGUACAGAACGUAGUAGAAAACGUAGAGGAAGAAGAUGAAGAAGAGGAAGAGGAGGAUGAGGAGGAUGAGGAAGAUGAAGAUGAGGAUGAAGAAGAAGGUGAAGAAAGUGAAGGAAAUGAUGAAGUCCAGGGAGUAGUUGACGAAUCUAUGACUGAUUCCGAAGGCAGUGGAUCAGAGACUGACACUGAGAGUGAGGCGAUGGGGUGCGAUUAUGACUAUGAUUUUAUGCACGUAGAGGUUCCUGAUUUCUAA